AUGGAAGAAGAAUCAAUAUUUAAUCUCAUACCUAAAGAAUACGUCCCUCCUCCAAAAGAAAGGAGAUAUAAAUCUUAAUAUCCUCCAGAUUUAGCCCCAACAGGAUCUACUUUAAUUAAUCAUACAACUUCUCGUCCCGGAGUUGCAAAUUUACUUGGGGAUUUCUAACUAGUUAAAGGUCCACAUUAACACAUAGAUAAUGCAAAAACAUUUGGAAAAGUACCAGGAAGCAUAAAACCUUAAACAUCUGAGUACAGAAAGAAAAAUACAGGAACAAUGGGAUCAAAUAAAGUCCCUAAAAUUUUAAAAUAAGAAGAUGAUUUCUUAAAAAAGAAAGAUUAUGGAAAAAUCCCUGAUUAUUUAACUUAAAAUAAGCAAAAUUUAGAAAAUGAAUAUAAAAUGAUUUAAAACCUUCAUUUAACUAAAACUGAGGAAGUUGAAAGACAAAAAUAUAUGAUGUCGUAAGAAGAAAUUAAAUAACUUAGAGAUGGAUUAAAAGCAAAAUGGGAAGCAGUUAAUAAUAAAUAUUAGACUAUUACACAUAUUAAUAAAAUAGAUACUAUAGGAUUAAAAAGAAAGAAAGAAGAUAGCGAAAAAGAAUUAGCCCAAUUAGAAAAAGAUAUAGCUAAAUUAAAUAAAUUAUUUGUCUUUGUUGAUACUAAUAACUGA